AAACGCUUCCAGCUUUGCCAUUUUCCGGGAGGGGGAUUCCAAGGAGCGCGCGUUAUUAGAGGAAGCUUUGGGCUUUGGUUUGGGGCGCCCUCCCUUGUCCAGUUUGUGCUCUGCGGAGCGCUCCGGAAGGAGAAAAAAAUGGGGUCAGAGGAGGCCCCCGCCUUGGGAACACUGGAUUAAUUUCCUUCGAGGUGUUCUCUUUUCAAACAUGUCGUGCUCUUCUCGUCACCCCCCGUCCUAUCCUUUCUGGCUUGGAGUUUCUCCGUCAGGGUUUGGCGGUCCAGGCCGAAGGUGGACGAGAGGCGGGCUGCAGGUGGCAGCCAGCGUGGCUGGAGGGAGGUCUGGCUGGGCGGGGCGAAGAGUGGUCUUGUUUUUCAUUUUUGCAAAUCUCUUUCAUGUCUGUCUCAAUAGAUGACAGUCGGAUUCUCAUAGCUACUUCUGCUUUCGGUCUUGCUGUAGCGCACGUCACAUAGCCUCUGGAAAACUCGACUGUACGCUCAUGAGAGAAUGAGAAUGGAAAAGUCAGUUAUGGCUUAGUAGUAUUAUGAAAACAGUUUUGACUAAAUGGACCCUCGGGCCUCCCCAGACCACACUUUUGAGAACCAAUGACUUAGAAUAAUGUAUAUCUUAUUAUAAAAGAAAUUCCAUAUGCAUUGUGGAAAAACUUUAAACAUUCAGAAAACUGGGGAAGAAGAAAAUGAAAACUGCCCAUCAUGUUACAAUACAGUGUACUUGUAUUUUAGUAAUCAGGUGUAGCCACUGACGGGUGGCUUGGAUUCAAGGCAGGUUGGGCAGAUGUAAGUGGUUUUCAGGGUUUGAAUGGGGACAAGAAAGCUCUGAUAUCCGACAAAGCUGACGCCGGUUCCUGGUUGCAGGCGGAGCUGACCUGGAACCUUCACCUUGGCCACUGUCCUUUCUAAGGAACUCACCUUCCCGAGCCCGCCUGCACAGAACUGACAGGGAACCUUCUUAGGAGCAGAGAAAAUGGUGAUCAUCAGGCAGCUGCCCUUGGGUGUGAAGGCCGCCCUGGCUGCAGGCACUGUCUUCGUGUCCAUGGUUAUCUCCCGCUCCUACCUGGCGGAGAGCCUUGAGCUCAGGGCCUGGCGUUGGCUGUUCCGCCUGCAGCUCGCCCUGUUUGCCAAUUCGCUCAUGCUUAUUGGCUCCCUCUACAUCUGGCGUAGUGCAGUCAGCAACCUUAGCCAUUCCCCAGCCGCAGAGUCGGCCUGCUUUCAGCUUUGGAAGAUGGCUGUUGUGACAUUUCUGGCCCUGGCCCAUUCCAGUUUCUUCACCAUGCUCUUUUUAGUGGCCGAGGAGCCCUACCUCUUUUCCUUGGCUGCCUACUCCUGCCUUGGGGCAUACAUCAUCAUGGUCUUCUUCCUCUGUACCCUCAGCGGCAUGGAGCAGGCCUACCAGCUCUUGGCCUGGCGCAGUGGCAGGGUUGUGGGCAGCCUUGACAAGACAAGGAAGCUGGCACUCAGGCCGGCCCUGGCAGUGGUGGUGACCGCCGUGCUCAGCAUAGUCGGGCUUCUGAACGCUGCCCAGCCCCCUGCUGUGAAAACCGUGGAGGUGCCCAUCCACCAGCUGCCCCCGUCUAUGGACCACCUCAAGAUUGUGCUCCUCUCAGACAUUCACUUGGGCCCCACUGUGGGCAGGACCAAGAUGGAGAUGUUCGUGAGGAUGGUGAACAUGCUGCAACCGGAUGUCACCGUGAUCGUGGGUGACCUCUGUGAUUCAGAAGCCUCGAUCCUCCGGACGGCUGUCGCUCCUUUGGGCCAGCUUCACUCACGCCUCGGCACCUACUUUGUCACAGGGAAUCACGAAUACUACACGUCAGAUGUCAGCAACUGGUUUGCGCUGCUGGAAUCCCUGAAUGUCAGGCCCCUGCACAAUGAGAAUGUAAAAAUUUCUGCCACACAGGCCCAACGUGAUGUAGGUGGUAAGGAUGACGACUGGAUCUGCUUGGCUGGGGUGGAUGACAUCGAAGCAGACCUCCUACACUACUCUGGCCAUGGCAUGGAUCUCGUGAAAGCCCUGGGGGGCUGCAGCCCAGACCACACCACCAUCUUGCUCGCUCACCAGCCCCUGGCUGCCAAGAGAGCCCUUCAGGCUCGGCCAGAUAUUAACCUGAUCCUUUCUGGACACACGCACGCUGGGCAGAUCUUCCCCUUGAAUGUGGCGGCCUACCUCCUGAACCCUUUCUUUGCUGGUCUCUACCAGGUCGCCCAGACCACAUUUGUAUAUGUCAGCCCAGGCACGGCCUACUAUGGGAUACCCAUGAGAUUGGGGAGCAGGGCGGAGAUUACAGAGCUCAUCCUGCAGCGGGCACCCUCACCCUGACCUGCCCUGUCCGCCUCUCACUGCCCUUGCCCGUCAUUCUCCAGCACGCUUCAGAGCGACUUGCCUGCUUUACUCCCUCCAGCCUUUCCUGCCCAGCCCUGCCAACACACCCUUGUCACAAGCCGGGCUUGAAUAAGGAUUUGUGGUGGGGCUGCCUGGCAAGUUCAGGCAGGUUAACUCUGUAGAUGGCCAGUUGCUUCUUUAUAUGCGUGUGUGAGGCCACUAAAAUCACAUGCGUAACAACCAGCAUCUGUUUCCCAGAUGAUGUGGAGUAAGCCAUCCUCCUCUGCAGAGCUCACACUAAUAAAUCGAAAAUGUGGGGUUGCUUGAAAGGGGUACUGCUAGAAAGAGGAGGGAAGGAACUCAGAGUGUUGUUAAACGCUCUUUAGGACUUAGGCAGUUUCCAGAAUGAUUGAUCCAGAGCUUUCUGGGGAAGGGGCAUGUUGCUAGCUAAUCCGGAAGAGCAGGCAAGAAGGCAGUCCCUCUGGCUGCUGGAGAAGAAUGUUUUCUUUUCCCCCUUGGUUCUAUCACAGUCACCUUUAUUGAGGGCAUCCGCUAAACCCGCAGGAAUUCAGGGCUCAUCCUGGCCCAGGCCUUGAGUGAUGCUGUUUAGCCGUUUGUGCUCCUGGGCCUCUGGGAUUGGGUGUGGGCAGGAGAGAAGGUGAGCACUGUGGUGGGUGAUGGUGAGAGUACUGCUGCAUAGGAAUUCCGAGGUUGCUUGCCCCCCGUGUCUCCUUUUAUA